CAGCGGCAGUAGCAGCGGCGCCGGCUCCGGUGUGCAGGUGUUCCUAGCGGCGCGGUUUCGUGAGCGGCGGCUGCUCCCUCUCCCUCCCCAACCCCCAGCGUCAGGACGAGUCCGGUGCGUGCGCGUCCGCGGAGGUCUUUCUCGUCUCGCUCGGCUGCGGGGAAUCGGGCUGAAGCGACUGAGUCCGCGAUGGAGAAAACUUUAGAAACUGUUCCUUUGGAGAGGAAAAAGAGAGAAAAGGAACAGUUCCGCAAACUCUUUAUUGGUGGCUUAAGCUUUGAAACCACAGAAGAAAGUUUGAGAAACUACUACGAGCAAUGGGGAAAGCUCACAGACUGUGUGGUUAUGAGAGAUCCUGCAAGCAAAAGAUCAAGAGGAUUUGGUUUUGUAACUUUCUCAUCUAUGGCUGAGGUCGAUGCUGCCAUGGCUGCAAGGCCUCAUUCCAUUGAUGGCAGGGUAGUUGAACCAAAACGUGCUGUAGCAAGAGAGGAGUCUGGAAAACCAGGAGCCCAUGUGACUGUGAAGAAGCUGUUUGUUGGUGGAAUUAAAGAAGAUACUGAGGAACACCACCUUAGAGAUUACUUUGAAGAAUAUGGGAAAAUUGAUACUAUUGAAAUUAUUACUGAUAGGCAGUCUGGAAAGAAAAGAGGCUUUGGAUUUGUUACUUUUGACGACCAUGAUCCUGUGGAUAAAAUUGUAUUGCAAAAAUAUCACACCAUCAAUGGCCAUAAUGCAGAAGUUAGAAAGGCAUUGUCUAGACAAGAAAUGCAAGAAGUCCAAAGUUCCAGGAGUGGAAGAGGAGGAAACUUCGGAUUUGGAGAUUCUCGUGGUGGCGGUGGCAACUUUGGACCAGGACCAGGAAGCAACUUUAGGGGGGGGUCUGAUGGAUAUGGAAGUGGACGAGGAUUUGGAGAUGGCUAUAAUGGGUAUGGAGGAGGACCUGGAGGUGGCAAUUUUGGAGGUAGCCCUGGUUAUGGAGGAGGAAGAGGAGGAUAUGGUGGUGGAGGACCUGGAUAUGGCAACCAGGGUGGGGGCUACGGAGGUGGUUAUGACAACUAUGGAGGAGGAAAUUAUGGAAGUGGAAAUUACAAUGAUUUUGGAAAUUAUAACCAGCAACCUUCUAACUAUGGCCCAAUGAAGAGUGGAAACUUUGGUGGUAGCAGGAACAUGGGAGGACCAUAUGGUGGAGGAAACUAUGGUCCUGGAGGAAGUGGAGGAAGUGGGGGCUAUGGUGGGAGGAGCCGAUACUGAGCUUCUUCUUACCAUGGCAUUGAUAUGAACCAUGGACAAGUAUAUUCUGCUGCCACAAAGACUGUAAAGUGCUUCAUUUCAACAGCUGAGGCAAGCCAAGUGAUCAUUAAUAAAGCUUUUCUUGCUUCCUUCAGUGGUGUUGGUAGUAAAAUGGUAGGUAAAAGUUAGGCUGCAAGUUCAAUAAAUGAGAUUUACCUAUCAUUCCACCCUCGUGUAUUUAUUCACCUGUCCUGGAUCAAGCAGUUUUGAGUCAACUAGGCAUUUAAAGGCAUUGUGUUUAUUUAUGGUUCUAAUUUUACAUGCUUAAUCAGGAUGAGGCUGACAGGAGGUUGAGGAUAGUGUCUUUACUACAUUAGAAAUUUCUGUGCAACAACAACAAAACCCUUUUGUGUACUCUCUACUAAAUAAUUGGGUUAAGAUUUAAAUUUUACCCAUUGUCCUACCCUAAACUGCUGUAGGUUGGCUAUUGUAAUUAGUUUCUUAAAUCUACCCUGAUUUCUAGGCUUUAUUGCCUUUCCAGAAAUGUGAUACUUAGGGCUUAUACACAUCAGUGAGUCUGCUUUAAUCCUUUAAACCACCACUGAAGUUAUUUAGGUUCUUUGGACAAACAUGAUAAACUUCUUCAGAUACU